GGCCCUGGCAGCUCCUGCUGGAGACCGCGGGCGUGCGGAUCUACCGCCGCUGCCACACGGCUGGCAGGAAGCCGCUUGCCGGGUAAUGCCAUUAAGUGCUGAUGGCAAAGCCGGCGGGCCGCAGUGACCCCGCGGAGCUGAACCGAGCAGCUGGAUGGGAGCUGCCGCUGCUCCUGUGCCGCCCUCCCGACCCCUCGGGCGGAUUGCGCUCAGCGCAGCGGGUCCCUAAACAUCGACUCCCGAGCCCGCCCGUGCCACAGCAUCCUCUCUGCAGGAGCCCUCGCCCCCUCCUGCCCCUCUCCAAAACUCCCUUCACACUGAUUUUCCACCUCUAAAAUCAGAAGGUAGUUCAGAAAGGGUUGGAAUGAAAUAUUCUUCCCUUUUGGGGGACUAAUUUCUUUAAAGAACUUUAGUAGCUUAGGAACUGACUUGUGGUUGACAGUGUUUCCAUUUUGACACAGAUUAAUUAUUCAGUACUGACUUCUAAAUCCAUAAAAAAAAAAAAUAUAUGUAAAUAUCCUGUUUUUUAACUGAGUGAUCAUAGUUUCCUCUCAGCUCCUUCCAGACUCCUUGCUGUUCUUUGCAUGACAAUUUUGUAUUUGUAUUCUGAGAAAUCAUUUCAGACAUGGUAAUGUUAGAAAAAGCCAGCAAGCCUACAUGGCUGUGCUAAAGGCACAGGUGGGGAAAGCCUCUAAGCCUCUUUAAAAAACUAUCACUUCAUAGACCUUGGAAUUCUCUUCAGUGAUAAAUAGUUCCUGUUUACAGUGUGGAUGUGGUGACUGGCAGUGGCAAGAUGAGCUUGUCACUGAUCACAGCACAGGUGAGGCUGGGGUGCCUGCCAGGUAUCCAUGCAAAAAUUAGUGAGUUGAUGGAGUUCAGGGUGCUGGGGGUGUCCUGCUAGAGUGGAUGAAGUAGAGGCUUUAGGAUCAGAGCUCAGCCCAGACCUGCAAAUGCAUUGUGCAUGAAUGAAGGCAAAGGACCUUUGGGAGGCUGGAGGCUGGAUUUAGCCAGGCACAUGGGACCAGGGAAAGCCUGGCUUACUGCAGUGGCUGUGCUGCUAUUGUAUGAAUGCAGCUGGUGAGAUGGAAAGGAGCUCAGGCUUCUCCUCCUCAUCCUCUCGUGCUUUUGUACAGAAGAACUAAAGAGCUAAAAGGACUAUUUGAAACUAUAAAAACCAUUUACAGGUGUCUGUCAUUUUUUUUUUUUUGUGUAAUGUACAAUGCCCCUAGUUUAGGCUGGAUGGGCAGACUACAUAGGAUGCAAAGGACCUUUUCAAGUCCAGUAUUGUGACUCCUGGGAAAUAACUGUUUUGUCUUCAGUAGCUUCAGAUUGCUACAAGAGAAGAUGAAGUCUAGGAGGAGGGUCUUUGUUUAAAGUCAUUACUGGAAAAAUUAGCUUUUAGCUCUUGCUGAACUGCAACUUCCCUGUAGCAACAGUAGUCCAGGAAGCUGAAAGCAGCAAUGAUUCUUCCUGUUGUCUUCUCUUUUUGCCUUGUCUUUCCACCUUCUCUGCAGGUUGCAGAAAUAGAUCUUGGCCUUCCUGCUCAGUGCUGCAUUGCAGCCAAGCUGAUUGACUCUCCUGAUGACAUGCCUCAGAAAAACAGAAACAUUUCACUCUUGUUUUAACUUUCUUACUGUAAAUCGCUGUUUUUCUUGUGAGAAAAAAACAGCAAUUUACAGUAAGAAAGCAAUUCUUGUUGAUGCCUCUUACAAAGAUGAUGAGUGCAUGGGGUUACACAGAUGUUGAAUAGUUCAGGUUUGAAGCUGGUGAUUGGUGCUUCAGUGAAGAUGAGUAGUUUAAUUAUGGUACUUCAAAUCUUCAUCUUCUGGAGUUGAUUUGUGAAGGCGAGGAAAAGAGGAGAAUUCAUCUUUUCACUAACAGAAUGUUGUAUAAUCCUUCUUUUCCUUUCCUUGGGAAUGCUUUGAUUUGAUUUCUACAUUGUAUAUUUGAAAUACUCUCAUUGUUUCAAUUUAGUCCUGAACUCUCAUUGUUUUGAUUUAGUCCUGAACUCGUACUAACAAUGGUACAAACAUUGCUCUAUAGGCACAGAUGGAAUUACCAUAUGUUGAAAGUAAUAUUAAAACAGGAGAUAUCCUGCACCCCACCCCUUCAGUGCAUACAGCGUUCUGAAAGAAAAUAGCUGAUCAAUAUUGAAGGCAGCUAUGAGUGUGUUGUAUAUAAGUGUGGACAUUGUAAAGCAUGCUUGUAUCCCAGCCUGAUGUGUAAGCAUAACUAACUUGCCACAAGAAUUUAAUGCUUCUGGUAAACCUCAGUGUGGGCAGGAUUUAGUCCACACUGACCACUGGAGAUGAAAAGGGGACUUUGUUUGUGAACAUGCUCCCUCUGGAACUCCUGAUGAAGUAAAAGGGUACUGGUGUAAGGGAAGGAACAGCCAUUGUGCAGGGCAGGUCAGCCUGGCUUGAUUUACACUUUCAUGUAUAGAUCAAAAAGUCAAGAGGUUAAAGACUGAAUCUUAUAUUGUUUUCUGAACACUUGCUUUCGCAGCUCUUGAGCAUAUUUGUAAUUUGUGCCCCACCUAACUUCCUUCAGCUGUUCUCCCUGAUGCAGAGUACUUCCCUUUCCUGUGUGACUUUUCCUCUCUUCAUUCUGUUUCCACAGCAAUCAGGACUUUACGAAUAUAAAAUCUUUGGUGGCCUUGCUGACGUUCCCCCAAAAUUGUGUGUAGAUGUCUACAUGGACUUGGAUUUCAGAAAAGAGUGGGAUCAGUAUGUUAAAGAACUGUAUGAGGAAACAUAUGAUGGUGAAAAAGUAAUCUACUGGGAAGUGAAGUACCCUUUUCCUCUCUCAAACAGAGAUUAUGUCUAUGUCCGGGAGUGCCGGGAGAUGGAUGUGCAUGGCAGGAAGAUCUGGGUUGUGUUAGCAAAAAGUGUGGCUGUUCCUCAGUGCCCUGAGAAGCCUGGUAUUAUCAGAGUUAAGAGCUAUAAACAAAGCCUGGUGAUUGAAAGUGAUGGCAAGGCUGGAUGUAAAGUCUAUAUGUACUAUUUUGAUAACCCUGGUGGCAUGAUUCCAUCCUGGUUGGUCAACUGGGCUGCCAAGACUGGUGUGCCUGCUUUCUUGAAGGAUAUAGAAAAAGCUUGCCUUAUUUAUUCUAAGAGCACAUAGGUGUUGAAAUUGAUCUUAAUAAUUUAAUUCCUAGAUCUCUGCUCUUACAGGAGCAGAUAUUAUAUAUUACACUGGAAAAAAUCUACCUCUAAUAUUGGAAAGAAUUUUAUUUUAGUUGAGUUAUGCCUUUAGUUUUAUUGGAUUUUUUUCCAUCUCCAACUGAAGAGCUGGCCACUAUCAGGGUAGCACCAGUAUCAGCUGCAGCUUUUGAAAGUACUCAAGUUUAUCCUUGUUCCCCGUGCUUUGCUUAUGCUGGUGGUCAGGUGUCAGCUAGGGGAGUUCUGUGAUGGAUGUGUUGCAUCCUUGCACAAGAGACAACAAUCUUACUAGAAAAAUGUCUGAACUUGGAUUGCAAACACUCUGCAUGUGUUAUGCCUGGAUCUGCUUUGUUACCUUGCAGGAUGGCUUCCUCCUGAAACUCAGGAAUGGAACUUGCACUGCAUAGGAGGAAAUGCUUCUGCUACCCAAGUUUGUCAUUCUUAAGCUCUCUGCCUGAUAUACCAAAAAAUGCUGAGGGAUGAAGUAAAUUACUAGAAAUGUGCAGUGGGAAGUCUGUGAUGCUAAACUUCCUUAAAUCCAGAUGUAAAAAGAGUGAACUUAAAGCAUUGCAUUCACAGCUCCAUACUUCUGUAUGAAAUGUAAAAACCUGCAGCUGUGUCCAGCUAGAAGAAAAGGAGGAGAUGACUUCUUGCAUGUGUGAUUUAAGGGGAACAAGUUUUAUCUUCAGAGUCAGUGGCCUUACCUAAAGCAGCUUGGAUACCAACUUGAAACUGGAGAUAAUUUUAAACUGGGUGCCUGCCACUGAGUGUGGAUGAGCUUGAUGUGGAACUUGGGUUUGCCUGCAUUUUUAAAUUUCAUGCUGAUAUAAAGAAUGGAUGGUGAUGCACUAAAGGUUCAGCUGAGCAGGAAAUUAAAUUUCCAGCACUUUCUGAGGGUGGGGAGGGGGGUGGGCAGGGAGUGCAUAAAAGAAUGAGAGGACAUCAUUCUCAGGGAUUUAAAAUAUUCUGCAUUUUUCCUAAAUCUAAUCUAUUUCUGAGUAACUCUGGUAAUGGAGUAGCUUUGUGUUGUUAAAAAAUAAACAAUUUAAAUUAUUGCCUUUAUACCUUGUGUGAAUAUAUACUUCCAAUAAAUCCUUAUUUUGUCCA